AUGCGCGGCGACACCCCCCGCGACCUCGUCGACAGCCUCACAGACGGCAUCAAGGGUCUCGACGUGCGCGUGGUCGAGAACCCCGACAGCACCAUUGCCAAGCGGGCGCACUAUGCGCCUCCGUGGGCCGAUGUCAGCAUCAUCGGUAUCGCUGGUAGUUCGGGGUCGGGCAAGUCGACGCUGUCGCAGGCGAUUGUGAAGAAGCUGAACCUGCCGUGGGUGGUGAUUUUGUCCAUCGACUCGUUCUACAAGAGCUUGGAUGCCGAGUCGAGCAGGAAGGCGUUUAUGAAUGAGUAUGAUUUUGAUUCGCCCGAGGCACUGGAUUUUGAUGUCCUGGUAGAUCGGUUGCAGGAUCUCAAGGCUGGCAAGCGUGCAGAGAUUCCGGUCUACUCGUUUGAGAAACAUGCUCGCCUCGACCGGACUACCGCCAUUUACUCGCCACACGUCCUCAUUCUUGAGGGUAUCUUUGCUCUCUACGAUCCUAGAGUUCUUGAACUGCUGGAUAUGAAGAUCUUCUGUGAGGCUGAUGCCGACACUUGCCUUUCCCGAAGAAUUUUGCGUGAUGUGAAGGAUCGUGGUCGCGACGUUGAUGGCAUCAUCAAGCAAUGGUUCAACUAUGUCAAGCCCAACUUUGAAAAGUUCGUCGACCCCCAAAGAAAGGUGGCCGACAUUAUCGUCCCCCGCGGUGUCGAGAACCACGUGGCUAUGACCAUGGUAACUCAAUUCAUCCAACAAAAACUUCUCGAAAAGUCCAAACGCCACCGCGCCGCCCUGACCCGUUUGGAAUCGCAAGCGCGCCACCAGCCCUUAUCCAACAAGGUCGUCCAGCUCGACCAAACCCCGCAGCUGCGCGGCAUGAACACGCUCAUCCACGACAUCGACACGUCCAAGGAGGACUUUAUCUUUUACUUCAACCGCUUCACCACCCUGCUGAUCGAAAAGGCCAUGGAUAACAUCCCCUUUGCGUCCACCACCAUCACGACCCCGCUCAACCGCGAAUACGCCGGUCUCCGACCGCGAGGCCAAGUCUCGGCCGUGGUCGUCCUGCGCGGCGGCGCCGCUCUAGAGGCCGGACUGAAACGGGUGCUGCCCGACUGCAAGACGGGCCGGGUCCUGAUCCAGAGUAAUAUGCGUACGGGCGAGCCGGAACUGCAUUACCUGGCGCUGCCCAAGGACAUUGACCAGCACGAGGCGGUGUUGCUGCUGGAUGCGCAGAUGAGCAGUGGCGGAUCGGCGCUGAUGGCGGUGCAGGUCCUGGUGGAUCAUGGUGUCAAGAUGGACCGGAUUGUGCUGGCGACGUAUAGCGCGGGCAGGUUGGGGCUGCAUAGGCUGACGACGGUGUUUCCGGAGGUGACGGUGGUGGUGGGGAAUGUGAUUCAGGAUGUGGAGGAGAGGUGGGUGGAAAAGAGGUAUUUCAGGUGUUAAAAGAAGAAGAAGAAGAAGAAGAGAUGGUGAUGGUCAUUGAUAGAAGUUGUUUGCAUAGUUUUCUUUGGUGUGUGGUUUACAUACUAGGUGUUGUUGUUGUAGCAUGGAUCUGGCGUAUAUGGAAUGGAUGGAGUCUAGCAGGCUGUUCUGUUAAGGUUGAUGAUCUUGGUAGUGUAGUGGAUAUGACAGCGAGAUCAUCCUCAUGCUUUU